AUGUCUUCGGUAUACAACUUUGUGCUCCUCCUGUUGCUUGCAACUGUUGCAAGUCGCGUUUACGGUGCGGAUGUUUCCCGCAUAAUUGGCGGGCAAUUCGCAUCCGCCGGACAGUUUCCGCAUCAGGUGUCGCUGCAGUUGAAUGGGCGUCAUCAUUGCGGCGGCUCUUUGAUAUCGGAUACCAUGAUUGUAACGGCCGCUCAUUGCACCAAGGGACAGAGUCCCAGUCAAAUGAUGGCGAUUGUGGGCACCAAUGAUUUGAGCGCUGGAAAUGGACAAACUGUGGGCAUUGCCCAAUUCAUUAUACAUCCGCAGUACAAUCCCCAAAGUCAGGACUUUGACAUGUCGCUGAUUCGCCUGAGUAGCCCGGUGACCUUGGGCGGUGCAGUUCAAACGAUUCAAUUGGCAGAGUCGGAUGCCAAUUAUGCAGCCGAUACCAUGGCCACUAUCAGCGGCUUUGGAGCCAUCAAUCAGAAUCUGCAGCUGCCCAAUCGUCUGAUGUUCGCACAGGUUCAGCUCUGGAGUCGCGACUUCUGCAAUGCUCAGAAUAUUCCUGGCCUCACGGAUCGCAUGGUGUGUGCCGGGCAUCCCAGUGGACAGGUGAGCUCCUGCCAGGGCGACUCCGGCGGACCACUGACUGUUGAUGGCAAGCUGUUUGGCGUUGUCUCCUGGGGAUUCGGCUGCGGUGCCAAGGGACGUCCCGCCAUGUACACCUAUGUGGGUGCUCUGCGAUCAUGGAUCAAACAAAACGCAAAUGUCUAGCUGCACAUUUGACUACUUUCCUAUUUGAAUUGACGCGAACUUGAACUUACUUCUUAUUAACUUCAAUUAAAACUAAUAAAACAAUUAAUCAGUACACGAAA